AUGGUAAAGUAAAUGAUUUAAAAAGCUAGUUUUUUCAUGCAGUAAUGANCCAUCAAAUAUAAAUGAUACAAAAGAUUUUCACAAAUUCAACUAAGACAUAAGAUAUUAUUGUUCCAAUCAAUCUAGCAAAAUUAUAUAAUUCCAUAAAUUAAUACUUAGAUGAAAGUAUAUCAACUUAAGAAUCUCAAUCCUAAAUCUAGAGUGUCAAAUUUCAACCUAUUACAUCAUUUUUAAUGGUAAUUCAAUUAUCUUUAAAAUUUUAUUGAUUAAAGAAUUUACAAUAAUGUAAGUCUCUAAAAUUCUUUACCAACUUCAAAUUAGUGCAAAUAUUUUUAAAUAAAUACGGCAUUGAUAAAUUGGGUUUUUAAAGAAGAAUUUUAGUUAAAUUAGAUGAACGUAUUCAUAACUAAUUUAUUUAUAGAAAUUGGUGUAAUUUCUUUUAAGGGAUUACUUGAUAAUCUCAAAAAUAAUUAAAAUUAUCUACCAACAAUAAAGGCAUGGCUAAAAUCAAUAAAUUUUCAACAUUAUUAUUCAAAUUUUGUUGGCUAUGACAAUUUUUAAUAUUUUAUUUUUUAAGAGUAAAGUUAAUAUAAAUUGACUCUAUCAGAUCUCAAAGAGUGUAUUCUCAAUUGA